GCUUGGGUUCCCUUGGCCGUUGUGAUGGCGGUGGCGUGAAGCACAGACGCGCACGCGCCCAUUGUUGAAUGGAAAGGGGUAGGGGCAUUUAAGGAAAAACGAAAUUCAAAGCUUUUCCAGAUCCGACCGUUACAAUUAUUUGAAAAAAAGCAAAUGAAAGAAGCAGAGAGCCUCCUUUCAAAAACCUCCAAUUUCAUCCUCCCUGUUGCAUCAUUCUUCUUUCUAUUUUGUGCUUCUUCUUCUUUAACUCUCUGUUUUGUAAGUCAUUUCCAUGGAUGAUAACAACAAAGCCUUAUCGAUCAUGGAACCAAAGCCUUCACACCCACUUCACCAAAUUGCAGAAACCCCAACCCACAAACUUCUUCUCAAGCAAUGGCUGAAGGAAGAAGAACUAAUCUUCGGCAGAAUUUCACUGAAAGAAACCCAAAUCGACUCUGUGAGAAGAGAAAUCACAAUGCUUCACAUCUUCUUCUUCGUCUUCCAUUCCACAGCCAUACUCCUCCUCUUCAAUGCGUCGACCAAGGAUUUCCAUGGCGUAGCCUGCAAGAGAUCAUGGAUACCGUCGCUCUGUUCUCUCUUGUUUUCUCUGGGCAUCAUUUGGGCAGUGAGAUACAAGACGGAUGUUGAAGCCCAUUUGGAGAAAUUGCUGGAAAGGGAAAAGGAAGACAGGAAUUUGCUGUCAAAGUGUGUGGAUGAAUUGAAAAGGAAAGGGAUUGAAUUUGAUUUGCUGAAGGAGGUGGAUGCGCUGAGGAGGGCAAAGAGCCUGAGGGUUGAAGCUAAGGCUGUGAGAAAAUGGUCUUCAAGGGAUUUCAUCACUCUGUUUUUCUUCUUUGUUUCUUGUAUGUUUCUUGGGAUUAUUAGGGUUGUUCUAUGUAACAACUAAUUAAAGAGGGAUUUGGAGAUUGGUUAUUGUUUCACUGCAGAUUCCUCUGAUCUGCACUUUUAUUUUGUUGCUUUGGUGGUAUUAUUUGGAUAACAAUUUUACGUUCUUUCCAAAAAUGGUUCUUUUCUUGUUAUUACUAUUUACUUCCACCAUUUCAUCCUUGCUGCAUUAACUCUUCUCCACUUCCUCAAAUUGGAACGCACCAACUGCACAAAUCAGCUUGGAACUUGGAACACACUACACCAUUGAUAUGUUAAAUUAAUCGAUGGUGAAAGUUCAUGCAAAGGACCAAAAGUGAUUUAGAGGUAAAAGUGUAUAACUUUUAAAAUUUGAUACUAAAAGAAAAUUAGAUUCAAAACUUAAAGAAAAUAUGUAGCAUUUUGAGACCAAGCCAAAUAAAAAAUACUUUUACCAACAUGAACAAAGCUUUAACAAUAGUUAACAUAUAUUUUUCCCUAGUUCGAAUUCUCCUAUCCCAUA